GCGUUUAAAUUGUCUUGACUUGGAUCUUUCCAACGUAGGCGGAGAUUGUUUGUAUAUUUCGACUUAGAGGGCUUUUAGUGCUUUAGCCGUCGACUGUGACGCUUUCAUCUCCGUCGGAUCGGACCUGUAAAAAUUUCUUUGAUAAACUCGAGUUACACCUUGGAAUGAAGAUAACUUCUACUUCCGAUUAUGGUUCAGUUUCACUGUUUCAGUCAAAUCGUAGAUAAGACGGUAGACUACUUGAACUUGAUCCAUGUGAGAAGCGGAGAAGCCCUUUUUCUGAGGUCUUAAUAGUUGAACUUUAUUUAUUGUGGCUUCUUGUCGAUUUUUGCGUGAAGGUGUCGGGAAUUAGUUGCUUGCUUUCGUCGAACAAUUGAGUUGAUUUCGAAGUCUCAUUCAUAUCGUGCUUUCCUGGUUUUGAAAAUUCUCAUUCGUAUUGUCUCGGCUUUAAUCGGGGAUCCUUGGAUUGUUUUGUCUUGACAUCCUCAGCUGAUCCCCCAUUUGUCUGGCCUCUGGAGUAGAUCUCUCUCCUUUGUGCGAUUUGGGGCUUCUAAUUGGAAUUUCUGCUUAUUUCUGAAAUCUGAACCUUUAGCAAAUAGCAACCCCUUUUUUAAGCUUACUGAAAACUCAAAGCAAUUCUUAGCUAUAAUUCAAUCGGAAGCUUGUGCCUUCCGAUCUUCCAUUUCUGAAUAAGCCCUUUGUACAGCUCUUUUUUUUUUUUCUUUUUCCCCUAAAAAGUGAUUAAUUUUUUCGAUUUUUUUUGUAAAUUCCAAGAAAUUAUUGUAUAUUACUGUGUUACGAAUUCUGUUAGGAGUCCUAAAUCGUCAAAAGAUGACUAUCGGAAACGUUGCCCCUGUGAAGGAGAAGAGCUCAUCACGAAAGAAAAAGCAGGUUGUUGACGAGAAUGCUCCUUUGCUGCCGAGAAGGCAAGAUGAAGAUCUUGAGUUCCAUGAGUUUAAUGGUGCUUCUUUUAGUGGGGCGGUUUUUAAUCUAUCAACUACCAUCGUUGGUGCUGGAAUUAUGGCUUUGCCUGCGACCAUGAAAGUUUUAGGGCUUGGCGCAGGGAUAGCUAUGAUCAUCUUUGUAGCAUUCCUUACGGAGGCUUCGAUUGAUAUGUUGCUCCGGUUCAGUAAAGCUGGCAAAACAGAUUCAUAUGGAGGAGUUAUGGGAGACGCCUUUGGAAAAGUCGGAAGGGUGUUAUUACAGAUCUGUGUAGUUAUCAACAACGUUGGUGUAUUGAUUGUUUACAUGAUUAUAAUUGGUGAUGUGCUUUCUGGAACAUCUGCAAGUGGAAUUCACCAUGCUGGUCUCUUGGAAGGCUGGUUUGGAGCACACUGGUGGAAUGGGCGUGCCUUUGUUCUGCUUGUCACAACUCUUGCUAUUUUUGCUCCAUUGACUUGUUUCAAGCGUGUAGAUUCAUUGAGGUACACGUCUGCCUUAUCAGUUGCACUCGCAAUUGCUUUUGUUGUCAUUACUGCUGGAAUCACGAUUGUCAAAUUGAUAAGUGGAAGCAUUGAGAUGCCCAGGUGGCUUCCAAAUGUUACUGAUAUGACAUCAUUCUGGAAACUCUUCACUGUGGUUCCAGUUCUUGUAACGGCUUAUAUCUGCCACUAUAAUGUGCACACAAUUGACAAUGAGCUUGAAGACUCUUCCCAGAUUCAAUCAAUUGUGCGAACUUCACUUGCGCUAUGCUCAACUGUGUACAUAACAACCAGCUUCUUUGGCUUUCUCCUAUUUGGUGAGUCAACCCUGGAUGAUGUGCUAGCCAACUUUGAUACCGACCUUGGCAUCCCAUUUAGCUCAGUGCUCAAUGAUGCUGUUCGUGUUAGCUAUGCUGUCCACCUCAUGCUUGUCUUUCCUAUCAUCUUUUUUGCCCUACGACUCAACUUGGAUGGCCUCCUGUUUCCCUCUGCCAGGCCUUUGGUUUUGGAUAACCAAAGAUUUGCACUGAUCAAUGUAGUUCUUAUGUCUCUCAUCUUCUUGGGGGCAAAUUUCAUACCCAGCAUCUGGGAUGCUUUCCAGUUCACAGGUGCAACUGCUGCAGUCUGCAUAGGGUUCAUCUUUCCUGCUGCCAUUGCUCUAAGGGAUCCUCAUGGCAUAGCAACAAAGAAGGACAAGAUCCUGUCUGUUUUCAUGAUUGUCCUUGCAGUUUUCUCAAAUUUGGUGGCCAUAUACAGUGAUGCCUAUGCACUGAUCAAGAAGAACUCGUCCCCACGAUCCUGAUCGUUUGUUGGAAUGGACUUUCAGUAGAAAAACAAGAUACCAAGGGCAGACUAGUACUGUGUACAGAAAGGCCCAUGAAUAGCAGGAUCAGUUGGAAUCCAAGGAUGGUUUAUGUUGAAUAAUAUGGACACUCAACUCAAUAAUGAUUAGUUGAGUUGCUCUGCCAAGUAUGAAGAGAGUAAAUUGUUGUACUGCUUUUUGAGCUUGAUAGAUGUGUGUGGAUUGCAGUCGUUUAAAUUAUGAAUGCAAAUGCCUGUUUUUCUCCCGUAUUCUUGGUGCACAUUUGCUUUUCUUUUAUGAGGUUCUCUUGUUCGUGUUGUUAUUUCUUUUCUCUAUGUAAUGGUGGCAAUAUUGCUGUUUAGUUAUCAGUUACUAUUAAAACCUUGGUCCAUACUCCAUACCUCGAUGUACCUCUCUCUUGUAAAAAAGCAUCAAGAACAUGCAUUUGAUUGGUUA